AUGAGCGAAACCAAUGUUAACAAAAAACGGGUUAUUUCAUCUGAUGAUGACAAAUUGGACAAAUUGGAAACAGAUACUAAUAUAUUAGCAUCAAAAAAACCAGAGAAAGUUUCUGAAGAUAUUGUUGAUUCUAAUGAAUCUUCCCAAGUAGAAGGUUCCACUCAAUGGAGGUUACGGAUUAAAAAUGUACCCAAAUUUGCGUCAGCAAAGAUGAUUAAAGGAUUGUUAGCUAAGCAUAGCUGCGGUGAUGUCAGAGUUAAAAAAUCCCAUGAGUGGGAUUUUUGCUACGCUUUUUUCAAACAACAACUACAGGCAAUUGACAAAUUAAAAAAUGUUAAUUUCAAAAAUAGGACUUUGGUUGUGAAUGUCGAUAAUAUUACAGAGCAGCAUCGACAAUCAUUGUUUGAUCAAAGGCAUGAAAAAAGGAAAAAAAUUUUUUUUGAUCCUACUGGAGAAAUUCAACAUUCUCCAGAAGAAUUGCUUGCUGACCAAGUAACUCCGUUACACAAGUUGCCAUAUGAAGAGCAACUAAAAAAUAAGGAAGACGUGAUAAAAAAAUCUCUUUCUAAAUUUCGGAAUAAAAUUAAAGACUUGUACAAGGAAAGACCCUUAUAUCAACCAAAAUGGGUCAUGCAAAAGUCCGAUUUAAAUCUUCCUUGCACUUUACAACCCAUAAUUGCCUCUCCUAUACUUGAAGGAUAUAGAAACAAAUGCGAAUUCACCAUUGGAAGAAAUUUAAAUGGUGAAAUUACUGUUGGCUUUUUAUUGGGGGCUUUCAAAGAUGGAAUCAAUACUGUCAUAGGGCCUGACAAGUCUCUUAAUGUAAGCGAAGUCGCAAAAAAGAUUGUAAAGGCUAUGAAGGAUUAUAUUGUCAUGUCACCAUACGAGGUGUAUGACAAUAAGAGUAGAAAAGGUACAUGGCGUAUGAUCUCUGUACGAUCACAAGUUAGUGAUGACGUAAUGAUUAUUAUUCAGAUUCAUCCACAAGGGUUAACUGAAGAGAAAAUCAAUCAAGAAAAAGCUGCAUUGGCGGAAUAUUUUGUGACCUUUGCACGUGAAUCACAGUUUAAUUUGACAUCGCUUCUUUUGCAAAUAUAUGAUGGUUUUAACAAUGGAAUACCAGAUGACAAACCAUUUGAUUGCAUAUUUGGUACGAAUUUCAUCUUUGAAAAGAUGAUGGAUUGUAGGUUUCGUAUAUCUCCUAGAGCGUUUUUUCAAACAAACACGCUCGCUGCUCAGGUUUUGUAUGAAAAAUGUGGUGAAUUUAUAAAAGAUUUAUUUCCUGUUGAAGAGUCUGCGAUUUUGAUUGACAUGUGUUGUGGAACCGGAACUAUUGGAAUUGCGUUGUCUAAAAGUCUGGGAAACAAAAUUGAUAAAGUUAUUGGCAUUGAACUCUGUGAAGAAGCUGUUGAAGAUGCAAAAUUCAAUGCUAAAUUAAAUGAGAUUAUUAAUUCUGAAUACAUUCUUGGUCCUGUCGAAAAGAAUUUGAAGACUUUGCACUCAUAUAAGAAUGCAGAUGCCGGUACAGCUAUUGCAAUUGUGGAUCCGCCUCGUGCUGGUGUUCAUAAAAAUGUAAUUAAAGCACUUCGUGAAUGUAAGGCGAUUGAUUAUUUUUUGUACGUUUCAUGCGAUUGCAAUUUGGCCACACAAAAUUUUAUAGAUUUAUGCCGACCCACAACUAAUAAUUUUCCGGGAAUUCCAUUUAAGCCAGUUCGAGCAGUUGGAGUAGAUUUAUUUCCACAUGCAAAGCAAGUAGAAUUGUUGAUUGAAUUUCAUAGAGAUAGAGACUAUCCAACUAAGGAUGUAAAAAGUGAAUAA